UUGCAACCUCCACAUCUCGAUAACUUUUCCCCAUGAAUAUUUCUCUGACAAAAUGCCAGUUACCUUCGGCUCUGUCGGCGACAUAAUCGCCGUAUGUCUCCUCGUCAAAGACCUCAUCUCCGCACUCGAAAAGUCCCAAGGCUCUAAGGCCGAAUACCAAGGCCUCGUGCAAGAGUUAUCAAUUCUCGAGAGAUGCUUUUUAGAAGUGGAGUCAUUCACGCGACGCCAAUCGAACAAUGCGACGCUAGAGCUCCAGGCGCUGUGCGAGACGACGAAGAUAGCACUCGAAAGGUGUAGAGAGAUAGUGAACGAGUUUCGAGGGCAUCUUCAGAAGUACGAACGAGGGUUCUCUGGUCAGGGAACCGGGUCGGGGAAGCUGGAGUCGAUGAAAGCGACGUGUAAAGACACGGUGCUCAAGAUGCGAUGGCGUAUCAACGAGGGCGACGUCGUUGAGAGAUUUCGGGCAGAGGUUGUGGCAAUGAGUUCCAGUUUGCAGAUCCUCCUAACCAGCGCGAGCGUCAAACUAUUGGAUGUUAAAGAGCGGAAUGUCAAGGAGCAUAUAACCGAUACCAUGCGGGCGCAUGACGCCAAACAGGACACCACUCUCCUCGCCAUCGACCAAAAAGUCUCUCAGAACAACCGAAUUGUCCAACAAAAUCUUUCCAUGACUAGCAGCAUUGCACAAGCCCUUAGAUUAAGUUGGCUCCGCCACCUUCCAGCUGAACUAAAAACUCUCAUGAGCCGCAUCGUCACGAUGCAUAUGGAAACAUACCAAGCAAUCCUCAGAAUCCAUUCUUUGCUUCUGUCGGGUGCUCCGGAAAAAUCACUCAUCGAAGAACCCUUCAUUCUGGAAGAUGCAAUUGGCCGCGUAGCGCCGGUGCAUCUGCAAUUCAUCACCUCUUGGGACGCAUUCGAAGCUGUGCUCGAGUCAAGGUUCAAGAAUAUGCCGGGUUCCAACAAGGUAUGCAGCAAACUGUAUCAGUUACAAGAAGCUGGCACUGGCCGGGAGAUUGAUAAGAGGCGUCCCUGGCAGCGAGCAUUCCGACCGGGUCAGAGAGUGAAUAUGAGCUUACUCUUUGAAAGCGCGCUUAAUGAACAAGAUUGGAUGAGUACUUGCCCUGGAUGUCGUGCAACUUCUGCCAAUGCCCUCGAUGCAGAGGUUCAUUGCAACAGUUGCGGCAUGUGGUUCCGGCGCAUCGCUGAGCUGGAAUGUGGCCACCGAGGAGGAGUCCAAGGUUCCUCACCAGGGAAAGGAACUGCCAACCCGAAGAUCGGCACGAAGCGACCAUUGGAGCCAACGAGUGAAGAAGAUGAUAUCCGAAAUUUCAAACGCGUCAGGCUCCUGGACUGUAAAGUCGCCAUAUUGCGCAAGGCGCUGGCAACGGCAAACUUUGCCGUCGCCGAGGAUAGAAAAUCAAAUUUUCAUGGUGCUAUCGAAGCUUAUGGCGAGGUGUGCAACCUGCUGGGCAGCAUUCACCUCUCUGCAUCCGCAGGUGACAGCGGCGACCUACGUACCAUAGUAAACGGAUACUCCAAUCGUAUCAAGGAACUUAAGUCUCUUUAGCUACCCUGCUACAUCUGUAGAAGUCACGAGACUAGACCUCAAUAUGAAAAAAAAAAAAAGAAUUUAUAGACGCAGUAGCACUUGAACCAACGCCGUCUAAAUGGCAAAAAGGUCGAGCAACCGAAUCAAUGCAAUUCCUGCGCGACUCUGCCUUAUAAGCUACUAGACCUUUCUCGCUAUCCUGUACUCAGGG